CUCAGAUUAGGCUCCGUGACGCGUCACAUCUCCGCUCCAGUUCAGCAGAAGCCGCGCGUCCCGUGCAAGUCUCAGAGGUGCUGCCAGGACUUACUGGACCCUGAAGACCAUCCCUGGACCUCAGGCUAACCAUCGUCUUCCCGUCUGAACCGUGGGAAGGGUAUUCGACAGAUCCGUGACAUUCCUGCUUGAAGGACGCCAUGUUCUCCAAACUGGCCCGUUUCCAGACUGUCGGGGUGCUUUGUCGGGGGGUUCAUUCAUCAGCGGCUUCUGUUACAUCGGUUGCUACGAAGAAAACAGUCCAAGGCCCCCCUCCGUCCUCCGAUUACGUGUUUGAACGGGAAUCUAAGUAUGGCGCGCACAACUACCAUCCCUUACCUGUGGCCCUGGAGAGAGGGAAAGGUAUUUAUGUGUGGGACGUAGAAGGCAGGAAAUACUUCGACUUCCUGAGCGCGUACAGCGCUGUCAACCAGGGCCACUGCCACCCAAAGAUUGUGGACGCGCUGAAGGACCAAGCCGACAAGCUGACCCUGACGUCCAGGGCUUUCUACAACACCGUCCUUGGUGAAUACGAAGAGUACGUGACGAAACUGUUCAAUUACCACAAAGUUCUCCCGAUGAAUACGGGCGUGGAGGCCGGGGAGACUGCAUGCAAACUCGCUCGGAGGUGGGGGUACAGCGUCAAGGGCAUUCCGAAGUACAAGGCGAAGAUCAUCUUUGCAGCUGGAAACUUCUGGGGUAGAACUAUGUCUGCGAUCUCUAGUUCCACAGACCCAAGCAGUUACGAUGGGUUUGGGCCAUUUAUGCCAGGUUUCGAAAUUAUUCCGUACAAUGACCUGCCAGCUCUUGAGCGUGCUCUUCAGGAUCCAAACGUCGCCGGGUUCAUGGUAGAGCCGAUUCAGGGUGAAGCGGGCGUUAUUGUUCCGGAAGCGGGCUACCUGAUGGGCGUGCGGGAACUCUGCACGCGGCACCAGGUUCUGUUUAUCGCUGACGAAAUACAGACAGGACUGGCCAGAACUGGCCGGUGGCUGGCCGUCGACCAUGAGAAAGUCAGACCUGAUCUGGUCCUGCUCGGAAAGGCACUUUCUGGAGGCUUGUACCCUGUGUCUGCAGUCCUGUGUGACGAUGACAUCAUGCUGACCAUCAAGCCCGGGGAGCACGGGUCAACGUACGGGGGCAACCCUCUGGGCUGCCGAGUGGCCAUUGCGGCCCUCGAGGUUUUGGAAGAAGAAAACCUUGCUGAAAAUGCAGACAGAAUGGGCGCCAUCCUGAGAAACGAGCUGAUGAAGCUGCCGUCCGACAUCGUCACCGCGGUGCGCGGCAAGGGCCUGCUGAACGCCAUCGUCAUCCGGGCCACCAAAGACUACGAUGCCUGGAAGGUGUGCCUGCGACUUCGAGACAACGGGCUUCUGGCCAAGCCCACGCACGGCGACAUCAUCAGGCUGGCCCCGCCGCUCGUGAUCAAGGAGGACGAGAUCCAGGAGUCCGUGGAAAUCAUCAACAAGACCAUCCUGUCCUUCUGAGGGCGGCGGCUGCUCUCUGCGGGGCCUGGGGGCCGCCUGGGGACAGGUCGCUAGGGGACAGGUCGCCCGGCAACGUCCCGUACAGAAACCUCCGCGUUUCUGCUCUCAAUGCAGGCACAUUGCACUCCCCUGUCUUCAAGGAGUUUUAUUUUUUUUAAUAUGUAUAUUUCUCAGUCCAUACAUAGUGGCGUGACAUUUAUAACCGUGCAGUUUGCGGCGUCAGAGAAUGGCAUUGACACUGGGUGCGGCGCGUUUGUGAGCUUUCUGCAGACGCGCGUGCGCCUGUCUGUAUAUAGGCAGCCUGCUAAUCAAGCCCUGUAUGAUCUGUGUACGUUUUUAUAGUUUUCUAGCUGGUGUAUAUGUAUUAUGUUUAAAAAGCUAUAUAGGAGACUGGUUUUACUGGUUUAACCUUAUGAAGCUGAAUUAUAACCAUUGAAUUUUAGGAAGGAUUAAAUGGUUAAGCUUAUAUAAACUAGUAGAUUGAAAUAAAGUUCAUAUUAGCCCACA